AUGCUAUCCAAUGCCCUACAGAAUCCCAGUUUACGGCAGGCCACCUACCAACUUCCCGAUGGCUCGUUUGUAACCAGAACUGAGCCAGCAGAGCAGCCAUCAACCAUCUCUCCUUCCAUGCUGUCUUCUGCUAUGCUUAACCCUAAUGUCCGAAAGGCCACCUAUCGCUUACCUGAUGGUUCUUUUAUUACCCAACCAGGACAGGAGGAGGUGGAAAUUAUUGAGAGCUCUGAGGGGAUUUUUUCUUCACCAGGGCUCUCUGGUGCUCUUUCAAAUGCUAGCAUGCGCAAAGCAAAUUUCCGGCUCCCAGAUGGCUCGCUUUUGAGAAACCAAGCUGUCCAAAAUGUCCCAGAACCACGGUCAUUUGGCCUCUCCGCCGCUCUCCAGAACAAAAAUGUGCGAUCGGCCACCUAUCGGUUACCAGACGGUACCCUUAUGGCCAGUCCUCAGCCGACUCCACAAUCUCGCAGCUUUGACCUCUCCGGUGCCUUGUCCUCAAAUGCAAACCUUCGUGGAGCCACAUAUCGUCUACCAGACGGGACACUAACAACUCGGCCUGCAGCAGAGCCUGCUGCCCAACCUCGAUCUCUGGACCUCUCCGGUGCCUUGUCUACAAAUCCGGGCCUUCGUGGAGCCACAUAUCGUCUACCAGACGGGACACUAACAACUCGGCCUGCUGCAGUAAGUCCCCCAUCUCGAAGGCUGGACCUCUCCGGUGCCUUGUCUACAAAUCCGGGCCUUCGUGGAGCCACAUAUCGUCUACCAGACGGGACACUUACAACUCGGCCUGCAGCAGAACCUGCUCCCCAAUCUCGAAGGCUGGACCUCUCCGGUGCCUUGUCUACAAAUCCAGGCCUUCGUGGAGCAACAUAUCGUCUACCAGAUGGGACACUUACAACUCGGCCUGCAGCAGAACCUGCUGCCCAACCUCGAAGGCUGGACCUCUCCGGUGCCUUGUCUACAAAUCCGGGCCUUCGUGGAGCAACAUAUCGUCUACCAGACGGGACACUAACAACUCGGCCUGCUGAAGUAGCUCCCCAAUCUCGAAAGCUGGACCUCUCCGGUGCC